AAAAAAAUCUUAAAGUAAAUUGGUCAACUCUUUUUAUUACCUUUCUAUUUUCACUGACUAGCUUGAUAGUGAUUUAAAUUGUGAUAAUUAAACCAAGAAGACGAUAUUGUAUAAAAUGAGUCUCUUAAUUGACUUAAUUGGACAAUCACUAAAUCAAUGGCGACUCAAUCAGAUGAUUCAAUCGCACAUCAACAGAUAAUUAAAUUGUGUUCAGAUUUCUUAGGCUGGUCAAGUCCAGAGGAAAUUUCAAUUGAACGAAUCAAAGAGGGUCGAAGUAAUCGAAUCUAUCGAUGUUGGAUAACUGACCACAACUCGAACUCGAAUGAAGUUAUCGUUCGUUUUUAUGGCAAUUCUUUCAUCAAAGGAACAACCGAUUCGAAAGAAUCGAGAGAACGAGAAGUUCUAAUCAGUUAUAUUAUUUCGGAGAAUUUAGGACCCAAAUUAAUUGGAAUCUUUGAUGGUGGAAGAAUCGAAGAGUUUAUUCAGUCGACAACACCGACUCGUGAACAAUAUGAAGGACCAUCGAUGUUUGAAAUUUUGGCCUCAAAAAUGGCGAUGAUUCACUCGUUAAGAUUACCCUUUUCUCGUUCCGUUGAUCUGCCCAAUUAUUUACUCUCAAUGAUCACAAAUCUCAAAUCAAAUUCAGUAUUGCUUGAUUAUCGUUCUGGAUCAAAAGUAAAUCAGUGGUCGGAGAGAUUGUGUUCCUUUAAUUACUCUCGAGAAAUUAACUGGUUGAUUUCAAUUCUUGAUUCUAUUCCAUCAAAAGUUGUCUUCUGUCAUCGAGAUCUUAACCGAUCUAAUAUACUAAUUCGAGAAAGAAAAAGUAUCGAACAUGGAGCAACAAUUAAAGAUCCAGCGAAUAAAAUUGUUCUCAUUGAUUAUGAAUACUCUGAUUACCAUUAUCGUUGGAGUGAUAUUGUGACUUUUUUCAGUGAAAUUGCUUCAAAUCGUUGGAAGGAAAAACAAUCAACUCCAUUUAAUUUGGUCGAUUAUUAUCCAUCUCCAAAUCGAAGGAUUUUUUUUCUUCGUCAUUAUUGUAAUCAGUUGAUUCAGUUGCAAUCAUUGGAUGCAGAUGAUCUAGAGAAUGAGACAAUUAACUUAAUCAAGGAGACCGACUUUGGUUCUAUGAUUUCUAAUAUGGUUAAUUGUUUGUGGAGACUUUGCCAUCCAAGAAUCGAUCAAGAAUCAAUGAUGAUCCUAUGGGAAGAAGCAAAUUUCCGACUCGAUCUUUAUGUUGGCCUCAAGGAAUAUUUUCUCAACAAUUACCCUGAUCUACCUUGAUUAUCGUUUAUUUUGUUUAUCAAAUUCUGUAGAAAAAGUUUCCUUUUCAAAUAAAUUUAAUAAUAUCAGCAAAUUAA